GGGAUGGUCAUAAUUGAAAUUAACAUACCCCAAUUGUAAAAUAUCUCGUUGAAAGAAGUUCGCGCUCGUCUAUAUAGACUAGCAACAUUAACAGAGUUUGCAGUGGAGUCUGCAAGAAUGUGGACAAACCAGUGGCAGGCUGGAGGAUGGCCAAUGCAGCAAGCUCAUUUUCAAGGAAUGGCUGUUGACCAGGUUGACUGGGCGUCACUUGCAAAACAGUGGAUAGCCCAGAAGGAAGCUGUCACUACACUGCAGGGAGAGGCAGCUCCUGCACCUGCACCUGUGCCAGGACCACCACCUCCACCACCCCUGCAAAAUGAGGGUGACAGCAUGGACAUUGUGGAUGAAAAUGAACAGAAAAAUAAUCAUGCAGGCAUGUAUGGAGGAGAGGGUUGGGGAGACUGGAACAACUCCGUGCAAGGUAAUCACUGGAACCAGGGCUGGGGAGUGCCCCCAGGAGCACCAGGAGGGAACAAGGUGGAGCCCCAGGGCUAUGACUACAAUCAUGGCAGCUUCCAGCAGUUUGACUACAACCAUGGGGGCGAAUAUCAGCAAUUUGAGGGAAAGGAGAAAGGCUGGUCCAGUGGUCCGCCCCCCUACAUGCCAGAGGGUGGGGAGUUCCACCGACCCCACCAUCCACACCAUCACAACAGAAACAUGCCAGAAGAGGUUGACAGUGUGGUUCUUGAUGCUGCAAGGCGAAAAACAUUGCCAGCCUGGAUCAGAGAAGGACUGGAGAAAGUGGAGAGGGAAAAACAAAAGAAAGUUGAAAAAGAGAAGAGGGCUCAGGAGGCUGAAGCUGCACGUCUUGCAAAGGAAAAGGCGGAGCAAGAGGCCGAGGAGGAGUUGCGACGUGAACGAGAGGGCUACCAGGCUGGGCCCCGUGUACCUCGUAAGAGCAAGUUUGAUUCAGAAGAUGAGGAUGCCGGGUCUGACAGGGAAAAUUCAGUGUCCCCAGCCCCCCGUGGAAGGUCAGGCACAGAGUCGCCUAAACACAAAUCCUCAGAUAGGAGAACUCCGUCACCCGUGAAGACUGAGGAAGAAAAACAGGCAGAGCUGAUGAUGAGAGUUCGUCGGAUGUUGACAGAGGUGUUACUGGAGGUUACUGGCUCUGAGGUGCGCUCCAUUGCCCGCCAUGUCUACAACAAGGCCCGGGCACAGGCCUCCAAAGCUCCUGCACGACAGCUAGCCAAGUCUUCCGCUUUGGCAUCUCUCACCGGACUUGGUCUGGGUUAUGGAAGUAGCGACAGUGAGGAUAACGAUGACGACAAUGACAAAGACCAAGGUGCUGCCGAGGAAAGUGACGGGGAGGAGUCCUCGUCCGGGGAUGAGGAUUAUGUGGAGCGUGUGCGAAGGAAACGGGACGCGUUUGAUCGUACGCAGAAACACCGGCUGGAGGAUAUCGAAAGGGAAGAGGCAGAGAUGCUCAAUCGCAAAAAACAAGAAAUCCAGGAUAUGAAGAAUAUGCCAGCUUUUCUCAAGGAGCCUCUGUCAGAAUCUCACAGCAAAUACCCAUUUAAACAAACUAAACAUAGUGAAAUACCAGGACUUGAUAAUACCAGUGAAACCGAUGAACAUGACGCUGAAAAUCAUAAAUCUAGUAGAGAAAGGAGGGAGAGUGGUCAUGCUCAUAGAACUGACAGUAGAUUUGAGAACUCGAGACAUGAGAGUUCGAAACAGGAAUCUAAAAGAGAGAAAGACACAAAAACUGGGAAAGAGAGAGCAAAAUUGAAGAAAGAAAUGUCUAGUAGUUCAAGUAGCUCUAACAGUUCAUCCUCUGACUCGGAUAGUUCCAGUUCAGAUUCUAGCUCGAGUUCAUCUAGUGAGGAUGAACAUUUUCAGAAAAAGAAAAGCUCUACAUCUAGUAAGAAAGGUAGUGGUUCAGGUAGUAGUAAACGUAAAAGUGGCAAGGACGAUGAUAGGAAUGACAGAAGUGUUAAGCGUAGUGACUCAAAUAAGUCUACUACAAAGGAGAAAGAACGGGAGAGAGAGAAAGGUGUGGUGAAGUCGCGGAGGGAGAGUGAGAGAGAAAGGGAAAGACGGAGCGAUAGACACCGUAGCAGAAGUGGUUCAAGGGAUAGGUCAGGGCGGCAGGAACGUGAUAGGAGUAGGUCAGGAGAGAGGAGUAGGCGAGAUCGGGAUAGGUCGAGUGAAAGGGCAAGUAAAAGAGAGCGAGAAAGAAGUAAGUCAGGAGAGAGGUCUAGAAGAAGAGUUGAGAGAAGUAGAUCCCAUGAAUAUGAGAGGCAUAGACAGGACUCGCGUGAUGGUAGAGAUCGGGAGAGAGAGGAGGGGAGAUCAAGGAGAGAGAAGGGUAGGGAUAGGUCUGCUAGGGAUGACUCAUUUGAUAGGGAUGAGGUUCACAAAAAAUCCAAAAAGUCAAGGAGGGAUGACCAUGAAAAUGGUGAUUCUUCAAGGUCAAAAUCCAAGAAGCAUCGAAGAUCCCGGUCUGAUUCCUCCGAGAGGGACAGCUACAGUCGUAGUAAGCAUAAGAAGUCCAGCCGGGACGUGAGUGCGGCACGUGACUCGAGUAAGCGGAGCAAGCGUGACAGAGAUGAGUAUGAGUCAGCUGAUAGAAGCGGUAAGAAGUCGAGUCACAAACGCAGAUCCAGGUCAAGGUGGGCAACCUAUUUUGAUUUAUCUUCAAUUUUGAGCACCCUUCAUUUACGCCUAUAGAUGCCUAUAUUCUGAUACAUCAUAUUGUUGAAUGUCUUACAGUAAGGCAUUUCUUUUGCUAUGCUGUUCCUUAGUUUUAGCAUUUAGGAAACUGUUUUGUGAAAACCCUCUUAAUGGUGCUGUAUACUUUCAGGUGAUGAACACCUUGGAAUGACAUGAUGUACGACCACCUACAGAACUUGUUUGUAAUUUGUUCCUGUGUAUUUUGUAAAUUAUGUGCUCAUUUUAUGCAAACUAUUUUCGAUGUUUUUUGUUUUUUCCUCAUUUCUCUGUAAAUUAUUUAAGAUUGAUAAAGGUGAAAUAAACUGUUA